AGCGGUCAGCGCAGUGCUGUCUCGCGAGUGUCAUAAAAAGAAAAUCGUAAAAAAACUGUAUGAGUAUUGUGUUAAAUAAACUGUCUUUGUUGUCGUCUGUGUUUGUUAUUACGUAAACUGUUGAAUGGGAACUCGUCAAGGUGCCGGCAGAUCUUCAUUUCGUUUAUACAGAUCCGUUAAGAUAUGAGCAACCAAUCCUGACGCCGGGCCAGCCGACGAAUUUAAUUUAAACCAAUCAAAAUGUCACACCACUUAGUAACAGUUUGCAUGUUCUGCCUCUUAUGUGCAGCACACACAUGCGGUUCGCACGUUGAUAUAAACAAUGAUUUGCACACAUACGAGCCGAAACUCCAAAUAGAACAUGCAACAUUCAACAUUGAGAAAAGAAAGAUAGAGUCUAAAUUGCGAUACCACCAGCGACAUCAGAAAAUAAGACAGCGGAGGGAAGUCAGGAACCUUAAUCCAGAAGCGUACGUUGAACAGAUCUUCAGGAUAUACGGCGAUGCUGGUUCCAUGACGAUGAACAUGACAGGUUUCAACAAAAUGCUUGAAGGAUUGGAUUUCCACAAGCUCAUCGAGGGUGGACUCCAGAAGAUUGAGAAUAAGGAAUAUAUUUAUGGGCAGAGUGGAGCCAAAGAUGACAUCGUAAAUUGCGUCAGCAGCGCGGAACUGGUCACGACAGUCAACACAAGAUUAAAACCUCACGGUCACGAUCAUGAUCACGAUGACCACGAAUCAGAAAAUCUCAUAUCCGAGAAAACCUUUCAAGCUAUUUGUCCUAUAUUAUUAUACCAAAAAUUAGCGAAUUCCUCUAUAGAAAGGUACGGAUGCGUGAAAGAAUCAUAUCUAGAAAGCAGACGACAAGAUAACAAGGAUAUUAAACAUGUCGAGAAACAGAAUGCUUACUCCAAAAAUAUGUUCGCAGUUUGGCUAUACUCGUCGCUCAGUAUAACAGCGAUCAGCGCCUGUGGCCUGUUAGGAGUCGCUGUUAUCCCAAUCAUGCAUAAAACGUAUUACAAUCACCUCUUACAAUUCUUGGUAGCUUUAGCUGUAGGUACACUGUGUGGGGACGCAUUGUUGCAUUUGAUGCCACACGCCAUGAGCCCCAUGGAAGAUGACCAUGAUAGCGGCCAUGCCCUCGAAUCGAGAUCCUCACACGAUGAUGGUCUGUGGAAGGGAUUGGCAGCCAUGCUUGGUGUCGUCUUCUUCUAUUUCAUGGAGAAGGGUUUGACGGUGGUCGUGGAAUGGCGCAAACGUAGACAAAAGUUGGAAGAAGAUAAACUUCCGUCUAGAGUAAGGGUUCUGAAAGACGAGACAGUUGGUGGUUGUUCAGGGGGAUCGAAGGCACCAAUAACGAACACGACAUCGAAUUCCCUAAUGAAAAUCUUCAAAAGGGACGAAAAAGGUGAUCCCACGACGAAAACGUGUAAACACAAAUACUCGGAGUACCCGUAUUGCUAUGACGAGAUCGAUACGGAUACUCACGAUGACCACCAUUUGAGAGAUGGCCUGCCACCGAGUCCGAAAGCCACUAAAAAUCACAAUAAUUCGGUAAGUGUGGUUUCCUCGAAUGCUCUGAAUCCAGAAGGUAAAGAGAAUGAACCGACGGCGAAGGAUUGGCUUCUGAAAGCCGAAUCGACUCCAGCGGUUGUUGAAAUGAAUAACAUUAAGCAUAAGGAAGAUGGUGCAAAGGAUAUGAAAGAUGGUGACAGCUACACAGUUAUACUCAGGGAGCACUCCCGCGCCCACCACGGCCACUCGCACGCACACGGACACGUGCACGCGCCGCCCUCCUCCUUGUCCUCCGUCGCCUGGAUGGUCAUCAUGGGCGACGGUCUGCACAACUUCACGGAUGGAAUGGCUAUCGGUGCUGCAUUCGCGUCAAACAUAGCCGGUGGUUUUUCUACCGCCAUCGCUGUCCUGUGCCACGAGCUGCCGCAUGAAUUGGGUGAUUUCGCGGUUCUCCUAAAAGCUGGCAUGUCGGUCAAGCGCGCCGUGUGCUACAACGUGCUGUCGUCUGCGCUGUGCCUCGCGGGCAUGGUGUGCGGCGUGCUGGCGGGUCACGCUCCGAGCGCGACGAGGUGGCUGUUCGCGGCCGCCGCCGGCAUGUUCCUAUAUAUCGCGCUCGUUGAUAUGAUGCCAGAACUGAGCACAUCCCACAGCAAAGAGGGUACCUUGUGCCAAUGCAUCUUACAGCUAAUGGGAUUAGCGAGUGGCAUCGGGAUAAUGCUCGUUAUAGCCCUCUACGAGCAUGACUUGAAAAAUUUAUUCGGUUAAUGUGAGAACACAGUGCAACAAACCAGUGAUAGUGAUAAGUGUCAAGUUAUUGGAUAAAUGUGAAAUGUGAUGAGGUCCCAUGUAACGGUCAUAUUGAUCGUCAAUUGAAAAUGCUAACGAAUAUGUGAUGUACUUAGGUAAAGCUCAAAUUACUUAUUUUCUUAAGCGUCAAACUUAAAAUGUGCUUUGAUAAUUUGUACUGUAAUUUAAAAAAGUGUAAUAAUCUCUAUAAAACCUUUCGAAAUUAAAAUAAAACCUUCAUGAUUUUAUAAAUGUCAAUUCUAUAAUUUUAUAGCUCUAUGUUUGAAUUUUAAUGCUUUAGAAAAAAAAACUACGGUACAAAUUAUUAAAGUGACUUGUUCUCGAAUAUACAUCAUAAUUCCUAAUUAUCCUAACCAUACAUGAUUGACAUAUAUGAAAUUAAUUAUUGAAUAUCAAAAUGGUCUUAAGUUACUAUUAUUAUAUAUAUAAGCUGUUAUGUAUAACAAUAAAUAAAUAGCUUAACUUCAGAGAAUUAUUUUGACAAAAUUCUGUGUGUUUUUGCCUCAUAUCCGACAUACUAUAUAAGCGUAUAGAUAAACAUAUAUUCUAGAUAAAUUCUUCGAAAUUGCAAUAAUAUAAUUAAAGCUAGAUGUCAAACAUAUUGGCCAAAUACGAAUCCGAGUUCCAGCAUUACUAUAUAAACAACCCACAACUGAUCAUAAACCGUUGUUCAUAGUAGUCCAUACUUUGACUCCGUGGAGUUUCAUUCCUUGGUUCUUCUCAGGUCACGGAUUUUUUCUGAACCGUUGGUUUUAAACGUCAAUACGCAAGUGUAAUACUUCUACAUUGAAUAAAUGAAUUUGAGCUUAAAUUGGACAAAAGAUAAUUAGUUAAACAUGUAAUCUAAAUAUCAACCCUUAUAUACUUACUGUUUUUAUAUUUAUUAUAUACAAAUUUAAUGGCACAAUAACAUGAGUCAUAUAAAAAGUAAUGGUAAUGUAAAAAUUUGUUUGAGUAGUCUAGUUCUUCUCUUUAUGUAUUGAAUGACAUGAAAUUCUUAAUAACUUUGAAAGAAUAUGAAUUAGUUCAUAACUUAUAUAAACAAUAGACAUCGUAAUACAUAAGAAAUAUUAACAUUCUGUCAAGAUUAAUAUAUAUGUGUUAAAACAAUGAGACAAUUAUUUAAAAGUAAUGUCUGCACCCCAUUGGCAUUUAUUGGUUUGUGUUGUUCUCAUGGUCACUUUAUAUAACUAACAUAGUAGGUGCUGAUCUAUCUUAUUUGAAACGAUCCUGAUAUUUGUUAACUGCAAGUGAAAUAAAACAAAAAAAAAAAAUUUAGAAAAAUAUGUAAAAUUGUUUUGUUGAUCCUAUCUCAGUUCAUGUAUCGAAAAUAUUAAUACAUUUUAUACUGAAAAUGAAAUUAAAAGUAACGAAAAUCUAUCAUAUGAAUUUGACCGAACAACACCGACAAGAGAUACUACUGUGCUAUCAUAUGAACCGUAUAUCUGAUUAUAAACCGUUAUAAUGGUUUGAUCCUUAUGACGUUUGCUAUUGCAAAAUCAACCUUACAAUAUUAUAAAAAAUAUAGUGAUUGCAAUUAUAAAGUUCUACAAUAUUAUCAUAAUAUAUAUAAAAUACAUACACAAUUAUUUUGACUCACUGAUCCACUAAGCUUGUGUCUUGCACACAGCUGUACACAGGCUAAUCCAUUCCGAUUUAUAGUCUCCAAAGUUAUACUAAUAAUGCAAUAUAUCUAAAUUCCAAUUCGAAAUUGAUUGGAUAUAUAUACGUAUCUAGAAAAUGUUUUUAUCUAUAUGAAAAGAAAUAUAUGCUUAUAUACUUAUAUGUCACUAUUAAUUGUUUUUGCCUUUACACUACUUUUAAUAAUUGAUGUUUACCGAAGGUAUAUAAUAUAUAUCUUAAAAAUUUAAAAAAAAAAAUUGUAUUAGAAAAUCAUAUUAAAUUGAAUGUACUUAUUACAUUGUCAAAAUUUUCAAAAUAUAAUUGACAUAAUUUUGACAACAAGGAAAAAAAACAAAUACUUAACUAUCUCAUAUUAUAUAUAUAAACAAAAUUCGACAAGUUUUUCUAAAUACGAAGUAAGCCAAUAUAGGUUAAUACAGGUUUACUGCAAGAAUUCAGUAACUGUAUAAGAUCAAUAAGUACUUACGAAAAUAAUUUACACUACUAACGAAGCAUCCGUCAUUGAGAUGAAUUAAUCUAGUAUUAACUUUAAUGGACAAUAGGCGACACUAGAUCUAGCUAAAUAAUUUUUGUGACAUCUGUAAUUGUUUAUUGCUCUAGAAAUUGUUAAUGCACUUGUUAUAUAUUUUGCAAUUAAUGAAUUCUUGCAAUUAACCAAGAACAUUAAAUGCAUAAAAAGUAAUGAAAAUAAGUUUUUUUGUAAUAAUUACAUGUGAAACUGAUAAUAAUUGAUGCUACAAACAGAAAUGCAUACUUAUUCAAUGUAAAUAAUGUAAUACAAACAUAUAUAUAUAUAUUUAUUGAUAUAUUAUAUACUAUAG